AUGGCAGGUGGCAAGGAGCGGACGGUCAAGCUUACCGAAGUGUACAUUGCGACUGAACUCGAGCGCGACAUUGUCUCAUAUGGAAAACUCGAGCUCAAAGGUUUUGGAUUGGUGUACGAUGGCGCGACGCGCUCGCUCGCCAAUCGCAGUAAUGGGGAAGUGGCUUUCUAUUUGACUAUGGAAAACAACUUACUUUACGUUAAGACUGUUGAAACUUCGCACUUAAGGAGCAUGCCAAGUGAUGUACUAAUGGCAAUACUGGCUGAAGAAGGAGCGGCUGAGUCAUCGUUUGGAGUGCAAAGCGGCACGCUCAUGCAUUUUCACCAGCGACUCGGACACCUUCCUUUCGACACGGUGGAACGAAUGGCGAAGGAUCCUGCGUCAGGGAUCAAACUCACGGAUCGGCGCAGACUCACGUGUUUGUCAUGUGCUGAAGGGAAGCAGACGAAGAAUUCUCAAUCACAAAAGGACACCGGCGUGAAUGCACCAAUCGACAGGAUUGGUGGAGUUAUCUGCUCGGAUCCAAAGGGACCUAUGACGCCCAAGGACCGACAUGGAAACAGAUAUCUCGUGAAUUUUAUCGAUCACAAGUCGAAUUACUGCCGCGUGUUUCUGGCCCCAACUAAGGAUCAAGCAGCGAAGAAGAUUGAACACUUUUUGGUGUUUUUUGAAAAGCGAUUUAAUUGUCGUAUUCACGUGCUACGUACGGACGGCGGCGGGGAGUACCAGAAUGUGGACUUAUUCUGCAAGCGCACUGGAGUAGCCCGUCAAGUUUCAGAGGCAAGAAAUCAAGCUUCGAACGGCAAGGCGGAGCGGAUGCAUCGGACCGUUCUCAAUAUGGCUCGGUCCAUAAUCUUUGCAAGCCACCUGCCCUUGACAUUUUGGGGAGACGCCGUCGAGUACGCGGCGUACAUCUUGAACAGGAGUCCUACAAGCGCAAACCUGCAACGCGCGUCGCCAAUACAGGUUCUCACGAAGGUUGUCCCCGACUUGCGCAACAUAGUGGUAUUCGGCUCAAGUUGCACGGUCUAUCGAGACCCUCGCAAGAACUCGCUCGCACAACGAUCAAAAGUUGGCAUUAUCGUUGGGAGGAGCGACGAAGCUAAAGGCUAUGGAGUUUUUUUGCAACAGGAUAACAUCGUGGUCGUCACGCAGCAUGUGAAAAACAUUGCGACGCUCAGUGAUGAGCAAAAUGAACAGCUUCAGCGCGCACUGGAAUACGAAGAUCAAGCCGGAACAGCUGUUUCCAGGAGUGCAGAAUCUUCUGCGUUGUCUAUGGCGUCACUAGCGAUCUCAUCAAAGCAGAAGAAGAACGGGAAAUUGACUGUGCGUAGCGGACGAUUGAAGAAGAAGUCAUGGACCCGCUCGUCACACGGCACGCGUGGUGCGUCGAAGCGAGCUCAGAAAUUCGCGGGUCAGGAGGAGCCAGCGAGUAAUACUAGCAUCGUAAACCAUGUGUACGAGCGUUAUCCGAAGAACUACGGCGAAGCAAUGCGAAGUUCUAAAAGCGAGGACUGGAAGAAGGCGAUGUGUGAAGAAUUGGAAGCGCUCGAGAACAACGACGUUUGGCAUCUUAUCAAGCGUCCGAGCAGCAGCAAUGCACUCCACACGAAGUGGGUGUACAAGACAAAGAUGACUGCUGAUGGGGAUUUCGAACGCCUUAAAGCGCGACUUGUGGCGUGCGGCAAUGAGCAAGUGUUUGGAGUUGACUAUGGCCUCACAUUUGCUGCCGUGAUGGACAUGUCCACGGUGAAGAUAAUAUUGGCUCUUGCAGUUACGUGGGGAGUUGUCGCAAAGCAUGGCGACAUCCCUAACGCCUACGUAAAGGCUGACAAAGAGGCUGAUUUGGAAAUACUUUUACAAGUACGAAGAGGAAUGGACGUGAGCAGUAAUACUAUCAAGUCACUGGGGGCAUCGAGCGUGAGUGAAAUGGCGUUACAGCUUCGCAAGAGUUUGUACGGCCUUAAACAGGCCGGGAGGCUCUGGAUCCAAUUACUACAUGCACGGCUUUUUGACGUUGGUUUCCAGCAGUGCGUGUCGGAUAUGUGUUUUUACUGGAAGAAGGAUGGGAGGGGCCUCGUGAUUGUCGGGGUCUACGUUGAUGACUUGCUAGCUACUGGUACGGACGCGGCAGCAGUCGAUCGUUCCUUCGCGAGUCUAGGCAGUCUGUCUAUCAAGGACCUAGGAGCAGUCAACAAGUUUCUAGAAAUGCGAGUGGAGGUUGACAAUGACGGAGAUUAUAUUAUCGAUCAAGAAGUUGCAAUUAACGACAUCCUAAAAGAUCAUGGUCUCGAAGAUGCAAACUCCACGCGGAUGCAGAUUGUUACGAGAUCCCGACGACAGACAGAGCUCUGCUUGUUAAUGCAGAAGGAGGAGCUCCAAGCAUUCGAAGCUUCCAAUCGCUCGUCGGCGACGCGCCAGACGCACCAGCCGCGAUUCCAUGAUUACAAGCUCGCGAAACGCAUCGCGAGGUACUUACAGGGUACCUGCAGCUUCAAGCUACGGCUGACACCGGCGUCGAGCGCGCGCGAGACAGUGAGCUUGGAGUCGUACUCAGACGCGGACUUCGCUGCUGAUAAGCUGGACCGGAAGUCGUUGACGGGCGGGGUCAUCUUCUUGAACGGCAUGGCGAUGCUGCGCGAAAUUGGGAUGCCACCCGGACUGCCGAUGACGCUAUACAUCGAUAAUCAAGCCGCUACUAAGAAGCUGGAUGGCGAGGCGUCUUCCUUGAAAGCCAAGCACAUCGAUGUGCGGCUCAAGUUUGUGCGGGACUACUCAAGACGCGAGAUUAUACAGGCGCAGUACGUCAGGUCUGAAGCCCAAGUUGCUAACCUAAUGACGAUGGCCCUGGAUGCGGCCAAGCUUGCGUCGCUGUGCGAGUUGAUGAGCCUCGGGUAG